AUGGUGAAUUGUAGCCCUCCAGAAGAUCCCGUAAAGUGUACAGUCAAUAACUCUAAUUGCACCAUUACCAAUACCUAUGGUGCAUUCCCCGACAGAAGCAUAUGUCGUGCGGCAAAGGUUGUCUAUCCCACGACAGAAGAAGAGCUUAUAUUGGCAGUUGCAAAUGCAACGAUGGCCAAGACAAAAAUGAAAGUAGCAACUCGCACCUCACAUAGUAUUCCUAAGUUGGUCUGUCCCGAAGGCAUUAAUGGACUUCUGAUAAGCACCAAGUGCCUGAAUCGAACGUUAGUCGUUAAUGUCUCGAGCAUGACGAUGACUGUUGAGAGUGGGAUGACCCUCAGGCAGCUGAUCAAUGAGGCUGCAAAGGCGAAACUGGCUUUGCCUUACGCACCAUAUUGGUGGGGACUGACCAUCGGUGGAAUGAUGGGAACAGGUGCACACGGUAGCUCUUUAUGGGGUUUGGGGAGUCAAGUUCAUGACUAUGUAAUUCGACUUCGGAUUGUGACUCCAGCUACUGCUGAAGAGGGUUAUGCAAAGGUCCGGACACUUGAGAUUGGAAGCCCUGAGCUCGAUGCAGCUAAAGUGUCGCUAGGAGUUCUUGGGGUUAUUUCGCAGGUGACGUUGAAAUUGCAACCACUAUUCAAACGCUCUAUUACAUAUGUAAGAAAGAAUGAUUCCGACCUUGGGGAGCAAGCGGUCAGCUUCGGGAGGCAGCACGAAUAUGCAGACUUCAUAUGGUAUCCGAGUCAAAAACGAGUUGCGUACCGAAUUGAUGAUCGAGUCCCCUCCAACACGUCCGGGAACGGUCUCCUUGAUUUUCCAGGUCUAUUUUUUCACCAAACUACGUUUAGCAUUUCCUCGUCCAAAGUGAAAAAUUUCAUUGAAGAUGUACAGCAGCUAGUAGCCAUUGAACCUAAGUCCAUGUGUGGCUUGGAUCUAUACAAUGGAAUACUAAUGAGAUAUGUUACUACUUCCACGGCAUUCUUGGGAAAACAAGAAGAUGCAUUGGAUUUUGACAUCACAUACUACAGAAGCAAGGAUCCAAUGAGCCCUAGACUAUAUGAAGACAUUUUGGAAGAAAUAGAGCAGAUUGCAAUAUUCAAGUAUGGUGCCUUGCCACACUGGGGAAAGAAUCGGAACGUUGCAUUUGAUGGGGUGAUCAAGAAAUUCAAAAAUGCGAGUGAAUUUCUCAAGGUUAAAAACAAAUAUGAUCCACAGGGGUUGUUUUCCAACAGUUGGACAGAUCAAAUUCUUGGAUUAAAAGGAAAGGUGACUAUUGAAAAAGAGGGAUGUGCUUUGGAAGGCUUGUGUAUAUGCUCUCAAGACAUUCAUUGUGCCCCCAAGAAGAACUAUUUUUGUCGGCCGGGCAAAGUUUAUCGCGAUGCAAAAGUUUGUACAAAGGUUGUUACUAACAAAAAAUCUACGGCACAAGUUUCUUCUUAG